CCGGGCGCUGUAUAAAAGCGAGCGCGGCGGCGGCGGCGGCUCAGCCCGGCUCUGCUCGCCGCCUCGUCCGCCCGGCGCCCGGCCCCGCCGCAGCCCCCAUGCCCCGCCUCGGAGCCGAGGUGUGCCUGCUCCGCUGCACCCUCCUCUCCUCCCUCCUCCUCCUCCUCGUCUGCAGCAUCCAUGAGACGGAGCAGAACAGCUACUGCCAGCAGAUCAUCACCCAGGACCACCUGGCCGAGCUGCAGGAGCUGGCCGACACCCAGAUGCAGCACCCGGGCCGGGUCUCCUUCACCUUCAUCGAGAAGAUGCAGUUGGACGACCCCGUUUGCUACGUGAAAGCCGCCUUUCCGCUGCUGGGCGAGCUGCUGGCCAAGACGGAGUUCAAGGAGAACUCGUCCAACGGCCGCAGGCUGCAGAUGGUGCGGCGCAUGUACGGCCGCAUCGACGAGAACGUGGACCCCUGCAUCCGGGAGGAGGACGACGAGGAGAGACAGCUCUCGCAGAAGUGCUCCCGGGAGUUCACCACGUCCCCCUACGAGAUGCUGGCGCUGGUGAAGCAGUUCUUCCACGACCUCAGCCUGCUGCUGCAGGCCAAGGAGACCUUCGAGAAGGACUGCAGCCGCGUCUACCGGGAGAGGUGCCCCGCGCCCACCGGCUCCUCCCCGCCAGGUGUGGGGACAGAUCCUGCCGCCGGGGGCCUGUCCCCUGCCCCCCCUUCCGCCACCCAGCCCUCCCUCGCCGUCCCCGUAGGCCGGGACGCGGCGCCCGGCGCCCUGGUCCCUUCCGCCGACGGCGGCCCCCCGGCUGGCACGGACGGGGGCUCGGGGAGCGAGGAGGCGGCGGGGGCCCCGGCGUCCCCGCUCCCCGCCGCGCAGCAGCCAGCCGCAGCCGUCGGCGCCGAAGGGCUUCCGCAUCCGCCGGGCAGCGUCGGCCCGGCGCCGGAGGACGUCCCCGUCCCGCGCGGGGGUCCCCGGCCCCUGGCGCAGCCCCGCGUCUCCAGGACGGCCGAGGCGGCGCGGGGCUGGGGGCUCGACGGCCUGCGGCAGCCCCCGGGCGCCGGGGCCGGGCCCAGCGCUGACUCUCGCUUUGUCCCGGGCGCAGAGCAGCGCAGGAGGGAGCCCAAAGGCCGCCGGAGCCGCCGGGAGCCCCUCGCCUACGUCGCGGCCAGCGCCGUGGCCGUGCUGCUGGCCGUGGGCGGGCUGCUCUUCUACAAGUAUAAAUGCAGGGUCCUGGAGCGGCGGCUGGACGAGAGGGAGCGGGACCCGGAGGAGCCGGAGAGAAGGGCGCUGCAGGGAGCCCAGGGCUGUGCCGAGCUGGAGAUGCAGCAGCUCUGAGGGUCCCAGGCGGGACGUGAUGCUCCUCGCCGGUCCCUCUGCCGCCUCCUUCGCUCUCCUCCCUUGCUCCGUGCCUGCGGCAAGAGACUGGGGGGGGAGGACCCCCCCCCAAAAAAAAUCCCAUUGGGAAAGGACAAAUGGACGGCGCUGGCUCUGCAGGGCUCGGCAGCGGCUGGGGAGCCCCGGAUGCACCGCGGGGACUCGGUUUGCUCCCAGUCCGGGGUGGGGGGGUUUCACCCCCCACCCCAUGCAUGGACACUGUGAAUAUUUAAAGCCCUGCAGCGGGGCCCAGGCGUGCCCCAGCUGUCCCCCCUCCCCCCCCCCACCAGGUACCGCGCUGGGCACCCGAGCCGGCCUUGGGCUGCGCGUGGCACCUUGGGGACCGUCACCCGCCUUGGAUGUCUCUUAAAACAGCCGAUAAAUCCCUUCGUCGGCGGGAGUGUUCGAGGGGGGGCCACAGCCUGGCCUGGGGGGGCCAGUGCCCCGUGGCAUUUUUGGGGCCGAGGGCGCCGGGGUCUCGCGGGGACUGGUCGGAUGCGGCACCCGGAGCCCCUCGGCCCUGGCAUUCCCAGCAGCGGGGAUGAGGAUGAUGAUGGUGGCGACGAUGAUGGUGACUCCAGCCCUCCAGGAAGAGCUGAGGUGGGGGCUGCGCCCCCGUGGAGGACUCGGCCCCCCCACUAUGAACUUUGCCCUGUGCUGCUUUUAGCUUUUGAAGUAUUAUUUUUAUACUGUGGGAAAAUAUGUGGAUGGACCCAUUUUUUUUUCUUUUUAAGAAAGCAUUACUAUUAAUUUUUAUAUGCAUAUUUAUGGGGUUUCCUGGGGGGGGGGCUGCCACUGGGAGCCCCCAGCACUUGCAGGAGCCCCCCGUGUUGCUGGGGCCGGUUCGCACUGCGCCUUCAACCUGUGUCGGAGUUAUUUUGCCCUCGUUGUGGGGGUGUGCGUGUGUUUUUAUACGGUGAGAGGUCAGAGUAUUUUAUACAAAGUCAUUUAAAAAAGGAAAAAAAGUCUAUUUAAAAAACAAUAAAUAGGAAACAGCUUGUAUGUUUAAUAUUGUUAAUAAACACGGCUGUGUAGCACUUUG